AAAUUGCGCUCGGGCAUGAUAACCGAGUAAUUGGGCUUGGCUCCAUACAAUUUUCUGAAUCAAAAUAUAAUGAUAUUUCUGGCGUACCAGCCGCUGAAUAUUGUGAAGGCAUUGGAAUAGUCGAUCCUGCUAGAAAUGGGGAUGUUGAAUCAGAAUAG